GCCUUCAUAUUGACAUUGUCCGAUGUCGAAACUAAUUUCAGUCUCAACAUUGGACAACGUCAAUAUUAAAUAAAUCUGAGAGAGGCAUCAUGACAUGUACUUUACCAAAUGCAUAGCGCCCAGUGCCCAGUGUCUUCAAAAAUCAACCACCAUGUCUGUAAUUAGACACGGUCAUAGACUAGUUCGACGUGAAGUUAAUCAUCUCAACUCUCGACCAGCAUGGUGCCUUGUUACCCGUCCAGCAGCACGUAGGGUUUUCUCUUCAGCUGCACCACCACAAAGUACAACUGGCGGGGUACGCGUUUCCAAACUCUUCACAGCGUUGCUAGCACUCGGUAUCGGAGCGACUGGUCUUGGACUUUAUGAGUUCUACACCUCCUUUACCCUCUGGCCUGAGCAGGUUCGCGGAGACCUGCGCGCAGGAAUCAAAGCAAGGAAUCAAGGAGAUUUGUCUCUGAGCGAGAGGUAUAUCACCCGUGCAUUCCAAACAGCACUGUCUCUUCCCUAUCAAACAUUCGCGCCAGAUCCGUAUCUAAAGCUAUCAGGAAUAGCCUCUCUCCUUUCUGAAGUUUCCUCCGACCGUCGCUCCCGAGAGGCCCUGCGAAUUGCUUGGGAGCUAGGUGCCGGUCCGAGCGAACAAACUCAUCCCUCACCAGACGCCGAGAAGACGCCGAGUCCUGUGGCAGAAGGAGCACCUGGAUGGUCAAGCUACACCUUGAGCGACGAGGAACGCCUUCGACGAGUGGCGCUUGCAUAUAAAUUGGGUCAAUUGUCAAGUGAGCGGGACGUGGAUGAGGAGGAGAAAUGGCUCAUUUGGGCUGUGGAGGAGGUCUUGAGGCUGUCUGGACUUGGGACGAAAAAUGCAGACUCAGAUACGAAUACAAAAGCGCACUCAAAUUCAGGGUCUAGUGCGCUCGAGGAACUCGACCCUCCGGCAUGGAUGUCAAAGACAGAUCUUGGUGCCCCAUUGGAAGCCCUUGGUGCCCUUUACGCAAAGAAGGGUAGAAUCGAGUAUGCGAUGCCAUUGUAUCUUCAGGCGAUCUCCUUACUCUUGCCACCCAAAACGCACAACGUGCCUGUUGAAGACCGAUGUCGCGCCGCUCAACUCAUGAACAACCUUUCUGAGUUGAUAAUGCGUCGUCCUCCCACACCAGAAAUACGUGCACAAGCUGAGGCUUGGGCACGUCAAGCAUUGGGAGUUAUUGAGCGAGCUCAAGCGCAAGCGCAGCCGAGCAGCUCACGAUGGUUCGAAUGGGGACAGCCCGCUGAUGAUGGAAGGGAGGUUUGUGAGCAGGCGCUCGGCGUAGGUGCUCUUCAAUUUGGGGAGCUUCAGAGAAAUGUCAUCCGACUUAGAUGGUGCAAGGGAGCUAUUCGAGAAGAGUGUAGAGCAAUGUAGCAAGGUGGGGAUUAGGGAGGGCGUUGCUGAAGCGCAAGAAGCACUACGGAGGGUUGAGAAAGCGAAGAAGCGAACUUCUCCAGGAUGACACCAAAUUUUCUACGUGCUUGAGCACAGGUGGCGACGGAGAAUUGAACCAAGAACGUUGCCCAUCACUCAAUUUUUCUACUGAAGCACGCUUCAUACUAGAAGACA